AGUACAAAAGAAUAGCCAAAGAAAUAGACGAAGGCAGUCCCACCAAAGAAGAGCCAAGGAGGUCCCGCUUCCAUCGAUAAGACCCUAUUCUCGCGCUUCUUCUUCUUGCUAGCAAACAAGUCUUUGAGGGUAUGGUAGAGAGACUUUUCCUUCGAUAACAUCACCACCAUUCCAACAUUACGGCAUGAUUCCAUCAUAUAUUCUUCUUUCACUCUUCAUUCAUCAAAACUAAUCACCAUUAAACAUCUUUAUCUUCUUUUCUUGGUUUUCUCGACCCUUUUCGGGCGCUUCUUUCUUGGUGGGCUUGUUGGAUUGGAUUUUUAUUUCCUCUGAGUUCGCUUUCUUUUUCGUUGGUCCUUCUUCUUUGGCGGAUUUAUACAUUGGGAUAUGAGUUAUUUCUUCAUUUUGAAUCUGCUUCUUGCAUUGGGAUUUAUCCAGAGGUUAUUUUGCGCACUGGGCGUUGAAUAUUUAUGCCCAAUGUUUGAAGUAAGUUGUGCUAGCAGGGUGCUCCAUGAAGUGUUACAGGUUCUAUCUAUGUAAUCGUUGUUGGAUAUCCUUCUUUCGAUAUGUAAUGAUAGUUCUAACGCGAGAUUGUUGAACUUUUACGGGAUUCUUAUUACGAUGGCUGAGAGGAAUGCCUUGUCUCUUGGAAUCACUUCUCGGAACUCUCUGUUUUGUUUGUUCACAAUAAUAUCGAUCUUGUUCAUACUAUCUUGGUUCUUUGUGCUGCGUUCAACUGGUCGUCCCAAUUUCAUUGACCAUAAUUUGUUACCCAAUUCCAAGUUUCUGGCUACGAGUGACGAUCGGGGUUCUGCAACCCAUAGUCAGAAUGAAGUUGAACCCUCAACCGGAAAUCGGUCAAUCCUUGUCGAUGCAGAAGAACAAGAAGAAGAAACAUCCCAAGAAAAUGAAAAAAUAGAUGUGAAAUGCAAUACCAAUGAUAUAGAAGUAGCUCAGCAAAAAGAAAACAAAGUAGUUCUUAAGGUUUUUAUGUAUGAUUUACCCCCGGAAUUUCAUUUUGGACUUUUGGAUUGGAAGGCUCAAGGUGGUAGCGUUUGGCCAGAUAUUCGAAGUAAGAUACCCGAUUAUCCCGGUGGAUUGAACUUGCAACACAGUAUAGAAUAUUGGCUUACUUUGGAUCUCCUGGCUUCCGAACUUCCUGAUGCUCCAAAUGCUCCGCGUAGUGCAAUAAGAGUCCACAACUCCAGUGACGCUGAUAUCAUUUUUGUACCAUUUUUUUCUUCAUUAUGCUAUAACCGGUACUCCAAGGCUGACCCACGCCAGAGAAAGAGCAAGAAUACGUUGCUACAGGAGAAGCUAGUGAGAUUUUUAACAGCCCAGAAGGAAUGGAAGAGGUCAAGAGGACGUGACCACUUGAUUGUGGCCCAUCAUCCAAAUAGCCUUUUAGAUGCAAGGAUGAAGCUCUGGAGUGCCAUGUUUAUACUUUCAGACUUCGGAAGAUAUCCUCCAAACAUAGCAAAUGUUGAUAAAGAUGUGAUUGCACCUUACAAACAUGUAAUCGGUUCUAAUGUCAAUGACUCGCCUGAUUUUGAUAGCCGUCCAACUUUGCUAUACUUCCAAGGAGCAAUCUAUAGAAAGGAUGGAGGCUAUAUUCGGCAAGAGUUAUUUUAUCUUUUGAAGGAUGAGCAAGAUGUGCACUUUGCAUUUGGAAGUGUGCAAAAAGAUGGAAUUAAGAAAGCUACCCAGGGAAUGCAUUCUUCAAAAUUUUGCCUCAAUAUAGCAGGCGACACCCCGUCAUCAAACCGUCUAUUUGAUGCCAUUGCUAGCCGCUGUGUUCCGGUCAUUAUUAGUGAUAAUAUCGAACUACCAUACGAGGAUGUUCUUGACUAUUCUCAAUUCUGCGUAUUUGUUCGCUCAAGCGAUGCUCUUAAAGAAAAAUUCCUAAUAAAUCUCAUCAGGAAUAUUGGGAAGGACGAGUGGAUCAGAAUGUGGCAGAAGUUGAAAGAAGUUGAAAAUUUCUACGAGUUUCAGUACCCAUCAAAAGAGGGUGACGCCGUCCAAAUGAUAUGGCAGGCUGUUUCUCGUAAGGUUCCUGCUAUUAGAUUGAAGCUAAACAAGUACAGGCGAUUCUCUAGUAAUGCUGUCCGCUCAGAUAGGGGGGUAAGAUCGGUACCAUCACCAAAAAAUUUUUGGUGAGGCUUCGCAUCUUUUAGCAUUUUUGUUACUUAACACGGGAUAUUAGGCUGACUUUGUAACUUUCUUGUAAAGGCCGCCGGGGGAAUCACUCUGAGGGAAUGAAUUCAGCUUCAAUACAUGGAUGGCAAUAUAUUCAUUUUCAUAACAUUUCUUUGUUUAUUCUUUUAUUCUUUCAUGUUAUAAUAUAAAUAAACAAACUUGCCAGAUGUCGGUAUCA